AGAGGAGAAAAACAAGAAAAAAAAAAUAUUCUGAACCAAUGGACUGCAGACACAGAACAGGAGAUGACCAGAGACUGCGGACACAGUACAGGAGAUGACCAGAGACUGCGGACAGUACAGGAGAUGACCAGAGACUGCGGACACAGUACAGGAGAUGACCAGAGACUGCGGACACAGUACAGGAGAUGACCAGAGACUUCGGACACGGUACAGGAGAUGACCAGAGACUGCAGACACGGUACAGGAGAUGACCAGAGACUGCGGACAUAGUACAGGAGAUGACCAGAGACUGCGGACAGUACAGAAGAUGACCAGAGACUGCGGACACAGUACAGGAGAUGACCAGAGACUGCGGACACAGUACAGGAGAUGACCAGAG